CUUCACAAAAAUGUCAAACCCCCCUCUAAAAUUCUACCAACACCUCAACAUAAACUCUUACAAAAACCUGCACCACUACAAAGAAAGCAGCUCUGAAACAGAUCCUCACUGCCCUCCCUCAGACCCCCCUUCACAGCCAGACCCUAACUCACACAGACUUUGCGAAGGAGAACAAAUAGAUUUUGAUAGGGCAAGCACGAAGGAGAUUAAGGAGUACCUUGAGAAGGAACGGAAGGGGCUUAGGUUAGAAGAGAUUGGACAGAGUAGUGGGCAAGAGAAUGAUGAUUUUUGUAAAAGGAAAGAUAGAUUUAAAGAUCCUCCUCUUUGUGUGAGAACGAAAAGAAUAGAAGGACCUUGACCUAAUAUUGUUACAAGUCUUACUCAAAGAAAUCAGGAUCAGACUUAUAAUAGCAAUAAAUUGGCUCCAUUUACUUCAAGGAAUAAUUUUGACGGCAAUGAAGGCAGUAAAAAUUUUCCUUCUUCUACAAGAGAUCGAAAUAACUGUGCUAAAGAUGAGAGACACAAAAGUUUUGUCUUCAAAUCUCGUCAGAAGAAGAAACAACAAAGAAGGGCUUCGCUUCAUGAAGUUCAGAGCUACCAAAGACAGACACCAAAGACUUGAAGUACAAGGAAGAUUUUGAAGCAAUGUAUAUUAAAGAAUAAUGAUAAGCAGAAACCAGCUCAGUUAGUGAGUGAGGAAGCUGAAAAAGUAACUAUUAAGAAUGACAAUCUGAUCAUUAACGAGAUGAGAAAUGAAAUUUCAUCAAUGAGGAAAGAGUUUAUGAACGCUAUUAAAGAGAUUAAGACUAGUGUCGAGAAUUAUUCAGCUGCUGGGGAAAAAGCUUCUAAGUAUGAGUUUUCUGCAACUGGGCAGAGUUAUCUAACUUCUAAGCCAGACCAUCACGAAUUGGUAUUAGAUGAUGAGUAUAGUAAGCAGGAGAUUAAGAGACAAUCUCGUGAACAUUUUGGAAGAAGAUCUGCAGGAACAAGAUCUUCUUCAGUGCAAAAUAAUAAUAGUACUUUAUUCUACAAGCAUGCUUUUAAUGAAGAGAAUGCAAAUCCAAACUCUCUUCCAAAAGAGAAAUUAAUCGUUAAGGAGUUACCUUGUUCAAAAUGAGUGACAUUAGUUGGAAAUGCUUUUCUCCAGACAUUUCAAACAAUGAUAGAUGGACUUGCAACUGAUUCAAAUAAGGCUCGUGGAGUUGAUUUUUCCGUCUUAGAAGCACAAACUGAUCAAAUAAAAGAGAGCAUCAAUCGGUUGAAAUAUGUUUCAAUGAAAACAGAGAUUGAGGAUGCAACUUCUCCUCAGAACAGCUACAGGAAGCCUAGAAAGAUCAAACCUACUACAAAAGCUAAAUCAAAAUGUAGUAGUAGGCCAGUAACCGAUUAUCAUGAUAGUAUUGAUCCUAGGACUCCUAAUACAGGAAUUUCUGUUAUUUGCAGUAAAGAUUUUGACAAUAAAGAAAACCAAUUUAUUAGAAAUAUUGUAAAGAAAUCUAAAAAAUCAAAGAAAGAGAGAAAGGCGAGUAAGAAGCAGAAGCUUAGUAAGAAUUUGAUUGAACAGAACCAAUGGGCAUCAAGGGUUUUAAGCCAGAGAUAA